AUGCACGCCUUCGGGGAGUACUUUGAAACAACGUACGUCAAGGGCCGAGUCCUGCGAGGCCGACGGAGGGCAGCCCCGCCGCGGUACACCCCCGCCCUCUGGAACCAGUACCUCGCCGCCUUGAACAACGAGCCUCGCACGAACAACGCGACUGAAGCGUGGCACAACAGAUUCCAGACAGUGGUGGGGAAGAGCCACCCCACGCUCUUCCACCUGAUCAAGGAGUUCAAGAAGGAGGAGGCGGACUCGACGGUCAUGAUGGCGGAGCUGGACGCAGGGAAGAAGAUCCGGCAGCCCCAGCGCGCCAAGUACCAGCGCAUCAACCAGCGACUGCAGCGCCUGGCCGAGUCCUAUGGGCAGUUCAAGGAGGAGGGCCGAGUCCUGGAGUAUCUCCGCGCCUGCGGCCACAAUGUUGGCCACUAAAUUCUGG